AUGGAGUUGGAUUCCCCCGAGACGACAUGCCAUAUCCUCACGCCUGUGACUUCCGACGAACCGCGCACGCCCCUCCCCGGAACAGAUCCCCCCGAUGAGAAGUGUGAACCGCCAGCCGUGGUCGUAUCACCUGCCUCGUCCGUCACCAUGGAUGCCGAAACUCCUCCUCAAUCCCCAAACAGGAACGACCUGUUGCGGCCGGAGGGUUUCCAUACAGAGCCCCUUGAGCUACGGCUCAAGCAGCCUGCUUCCGUAGAAGAGGAAGUCGGGUCAGAUGAAGAGCCAGAUGAAGGGCCAGGUGAAGAGCCAGAACCGGUUUACUACCCCCUAGAGUACUAUCGCAACAAAACUGCGAUGGAUGAUAACAUACCAAUUCCAGACACAGAGGCGAAUAAGCGCUUCGAGAGGGUUGCCCGGGAGUAUGCGAGCCACGUUGUCGGGGAGCCUUUGGAAGAGAGCUUUGCGAAUGCUUUGAGAGAGGCUCAAGCCUCUUACGAAGUAUCAUACUGGGAGCUUCCAGCCACGCAGCCUAAAGAGAUCACGAUGCCGUGCGGACCGGCUUUCAAGCCAGGGACCCCGGAAUACUUCGAAGACCUCCCCCUCGUCGAACCAAUCUGUUAUAGACAGAAUGAAGAAGGAGAAGUUUGCGGGCUAUAUGCCAAAGUCGGAUGCCCAGAUUGUCUCCUUAUUGCUUACUGUACCGUGGAAUGCCAAUUGGCCCAUGCGGAUGCCCACCGAUGUCGUGGUGCCCAGGGGGGAUUAUAUUCCAAGAUUGCGGACCGCAGCGGUCUGUCUCCAGAAGAUCCCACUCAGUUCCGCUACCCAUGGGGCCCGUGGCCCGCCAUCGAUAUCCUGCAACUCCAGAAGAACGAAGGCGUUGAGUUCGAUGGAUUCCUCAAUAUCCUCUUGACCGGAGGCCCAAGCCUUCGCACUCUCAUCAACACCAUCGCCAACAUUCCUGAAACAGCAAAUCCAAUACUCCAUUUCUCGAGCAAUGAGCUGAAUAUGCGCACGGUCGCCCAAACACUCACGGUCUUGCUUCUCCUAACAGAUCGCUCUUGUGAGGAUCGAUACAAUGCCGAAGCAGCUGUCUAUAUUUGGUACUCAAGCUCGAUCCCCACUCCCAUGAUGAAACAUAUCCAGGACGUUGCCCUAGGGCCGAUCCUGGAUGCUGUCCGGAAAGCCAUGAGAUACUACCUACAUUACGGCGUCAAGUCAAUGCCAAUUCGGUUUCCUCGAGGGGACAGCUCAAUUGUAGUCGACUUUACCAUAAGGGAGUGGCAGGGGAUCUUUCUCCACGUAACCCGCACUGAAACGACAGAGGUUCAAAAGCUAAAGCGCAUGCGUUUCGACGACCGAAAGUAUUGUGAAAACAUUCAUACCCGUAUCCAGAGGGCACCACAUAUGCGGAUACUUGGGAUGCUCAAGUGGGAGACGGACGGAAUGCUUCAGCCUUAUGGCAUUCCUCUACACAAAGAUCUAAGGAUGAAUCCAUUUUUGAUUACGCUCCGGGGCUUGCCAGUUCCUGGCAUCACCACCGAGCCCGUUACAGAAUGGUCGAUUUCGGCUAUCCUUGGCCAAGAUUCAGGCCCAGCAUCAAACGACGUCUAUGGCAAGAUGUUCUACUAUGUCCGUUCCCUCUGCCUCAAGUUUCAGCACCGCCUGCGGUCUCUACAGGUGGAGUUCAGUGUGAUGCGAAAAGAUGUCUUGGCCCUGCCAGCAAUCUUCAACGACCAGGGCCGUAGAAGAUUUGACCGUAUUGAUGUGGGCGCGUACUUUGAGUUGGCUCCAUUGGCGGUUGCGGCCCCCCUAAACUAUCUGCUUCAGCACGUAGACAUGAAUCCCCAUGCGACCAUGUUAGGCGUGUCCAGACGAGGUGCGAUGGCCAGUUCCUCGGAAUCGACCAAAGAAGACACUGCUAUCGAGUAUGAAUACAAGUUCGCGCCUAUGGGUACCAAGCUGGACGAGCUCGCGCCGCCCGUGAGUCGCGAAGACGAGUUAUCUACUCAUGGGACCCGUCGCAUGUGGGGACUAUUCAUGUGGCGCAAUUGGGACAAGUUUUCGGAUCAGUAG